AUGUUCGAGGAGCCCGAAUGGGCCGAGGAGGCCCCAGUAGCCGCGACUCUCGGGCCCAUAGCUUCACGUCCCCGGCCGGCGGCAGCCUUGCGAACCAAGGGCUCCAAGCACCGCCAGCUUCUGGCUACCUUACAAUCUCUGGAGGCAGCAUCUCUUCCCCAGCAACCACCCAGCCUACCUGGCAGUGACUCUGAAGAGGAGGAAAUAGGAAGGAAAAAGAAACGCCUAAAAAAGGUCUCAUUUGCCAGUGCCUCUGCUGAGGUAGAGAAGAAAAGGAAGAAGGCACGUCAACAACAGGCCCCAUCUAGGAGUGACUCUGAGGAUGAAGAAGUGGAAAGAAAGAAGAAAAGCUGCAAACAGCCACUUGGCGGUGACUUUGUUGAAGAGGAGAAAAAAAAGAGGAAAUGCCAGAAACAGACCCCUUCAAACAAAGCCCAGCACCUGGACAGUGUUGACCAAACAGGUCUUAAAGCCCAAAAGGGUAGUGCUACAAAUGACCCACACAAGCCAAGCCCUGGGUCUUCUUCCCCUCAACUGCCCCGUACCUUGACCCGUAAGCAGUGGCGGAACCGGCAGAAGAACAAGCGGAGACACAAGAACAAGUUUCGGCCACCUCAGCUGCCGGCCCAGGCUCCAGCCUCAGCCCCUGCAGAGGAGACGGAGUUGCCUCCUGCUCCCAGGCCAGACAGUCAAGAGGCUCGGGCAGGGGCUCUGCGAGCCCGCAUGGCACAGCGGUUGGAUGGUGCCCGAUUUCGCUACCUCAAUGAACAGCUAUACUCGGGACCCAGUAGUGCUGCACAACGCCUCUUCCAGGAAGACCCAGAGGCCUUUCUGCUCUACCAUCAGGGCUUCCAGAACCAAGUCAAGAAGUGGCCACUGCAGCCUGUGGAGCGAAUCAUCAGGGAUCUUCGCCAGCGGCCUGCGUCCCUGGUGGUGGCUGACUUUGGCUGCGGGGACUGCCGCUUAGCUUCAAGUAUCCGAAACCCUGUGCACUGUUUUGACUUGGCCUCUCUGGACCCCAGAGUCACUGUGUGUGACAUGGCCCAGGUGCCUCUGAAGGAUGAGUCUGUGGAUGUGGCUGUGUUCUGCCUGUCAUUGAUGGGAACCAACAUCAGAGACUUCCUGGAGGAGGCAAAUAGAGUGCUGAAACCAGGGGGUCUCCUGAAAGUGGCUGAGGUCAGCAGCCGCUUUGAAGAUAUUCGAGCCUUCCUGGGGGCUGUGUCCAAGUUGGGCUUCAGGCUUAUCUCCAAGGACCUGACCAACAGCCACUUCUUCUUGUUUGACUUCCAGAAGACUGGACCCCCUCGGGUGGGGCCCAAGGCUGAACUCUUAGGCCUGAAGCUUCAGCCAUGUCUCUACAAGCGCAGGUGA